ACUCAUCGGCGGUGUGUAUGGGGAGAGCGAUCGCUCUCUGUGGUCGCUCGGGGAGGAUAGUGUCAUUCCUUUCCGCGGUACCUUGUUUGUCCGGCUGCACGCCCCAACCCGCGGCGGAGCGGAGGAUGAGCGACCAGGGGAAUAGCUCGGUUUCCACUCCUGCGGGUGCCCCAGCCCCGGGAUCGGAUACUUACAAAGGCUGGCUUUUUAAAUGGACUAACUAUUUGAAAGGGUAUCAACGCCGAUGGUUCGUCCUCAGCAAUGGCCUUCUGUCGUAUUACAGGACUCAGGCAGAGAUGGCCCAUACGUGUCGCGGCACCAUCAACCUGGCCACGGCCCACAUCGACACGGAGGAUGCCUGUAACACCGUCCUGAGCAGCGGUGGGCGCACCUACCACCUGAAGGCCAGCACGGAGGUGGAGCGCCAGAGAUGGGUCACAGCGCUGGAGCUGGCCAAGGCCAAAGCCAUCCGCAUGAUGAAUGACCAGUCUGAUGACUCAGGGGACGAGGAGCCCACGACCCAGUCGGACCGCAGUGAGGGGAUCCAGGGCACUCUGAAGACCCUGAUCAGCAAGCUUGAUGACCUCAGCACAUGUAACGACCUAAUCGCCAAGCAUGGGGCGGCCCUGCAGCGCUCUCUGAGUGAACUUGAGGCGCUGAGAGUCCCAGUGGAGGGAGGAGAGAAGAUCAAGGGCGUCAAUGAACGAGCCACCCUCUUCCGCAUCACCUCGAAUGCUAUGAUCAAUGCGUGUCGCGACUUCCUGGACCUAGCGGAGACCCACAGCAGGAGAUGGCAGCGGGCGCUGCAGUAUGAGAGAGAGCAGCGUAUUCACCUGGAGGAGACCAUAGAGCAGCUAGCCAAGCAACACAACAGUCUGGAGAGAGCCUGGAGAGAGGCCCCCACACUCUCCGUCAACACACCCAGCUCCCCCACCACCAAGAAGGGAGGGAGUGAGAGGCCUCAGAAAGGGGAGGCGAGUGAUGAAGAUGAGGAUACGGAAUACUUUGACGCCAUGGAGGACUCCCCUGCCUUUAUCACCGUAACCGCCACUGAGAACACACAGCACAGGUGUUCUCAGAGUAACCUGUGUGGAGCGAGUGGAGGCCAUUCCAAUGAUUGGAACCAGGACAAUGUGUCUCCUAGCUGUAAGGAUUCCGGGAAGGAGCUGCAGCCCCUACGAAGGAGGCGGAGCCGCAUCCCAGACAAGCCCAACUACUCCCUCAACCUGUGGAGCAUCAUGAAGAACUGCAUCGGCAAGGAGCUCUCCAAGAUCCCCAUGCCUGUGAACUUCAACGAGCCCCUGUCCAUGCUGCAGCGGCUGACAGAGGACCUGGAGUACCAUGAGCUGCUGGACAAGGCGGCGCGCUGCGAGAGCUCCCUGGAGCAGCUGUGUCUGGUGGCAGCCUUCUCUGUGUCCUCCUACUCCACCACCGUCCACCGCACGGCCAAGCCCUUCAACCCCCUGCUGGGGGAGACCUACGAGCUGGACCGCCUGGAGGACUUGGGCUACCGCUCGCUGUGUGAGCAGGUGAGCCAUCACCCCCCAGCAGCAGCUCACCAUGUGAUUUCUCAGCGAGGCUGGACCCUCUGGCAGCAAAUCACCAUAUCCAGCAAGUUCCGUGGCAAAUACCUCUCCAUAAUGCCUCUGGGUGCCAUUCACCUGCAGUUCCACUCCAGUGAGAACCACUAUGUGUGGAGGAAGGUAAUCUCCACCGUGCACAACAUCAUCGUGGGCAAGCUGUGGAUUGACCAGUCAGGGGACAUUGAGAUAGUCAACCACAGGACCAAGGAGACGUGCCAGCUCAAGUUCUCCCCCUACAGCUAUUUCUCCAGGGAUGUCCCACGCAAGGUGACAGGGGUGGUGUCAGACAGUGGAGGGCAGGCCCACUACAUCCUGUCUGGCACGUGGGACGAUAAGAUCGAGAGCUCCAAGAUCGUCCAGAGCAGCAAAGGGGGCAGCGGCUCCGAGGGCAAGCAGAAGACUGUCUACCAGACCCUGUCCCCCAAACUACUGUGGAAGAAAUACCCUCUCCCGGAUAACGCUGAGAACAUGUACUUCUUCUCCUCGCUGGCGCUGACGUUGAAUGAGCCGGAGGAUGGGGUGGGGCUGACGGACAGCCGGCUGAGACCGGACCAGAGGCUGAUGGAGGCAGGGAGAUGGGAUGAGGCCAACUCUGAGAAACAGAGAUUAGAGGAGAAACAGAGAGCUGUGAGGCGGAGGAGAGAGGCAGAGGCCACAGACGCACUGGACAACGGUCGAGAGUAUGAGGGCUUCCAGCCACAGUGGUUCCACAAGAGGAAGAACGCCAUCACUGGGGAGACAACCUUUGUGUACAAGGGUGGAUACUGGGAGGCUAAGGACAGUCAGGACUGGAGUACGUGCUCUGAAAUCUUCUAAGCCUAGACCAGACCCAUCCUACCCCAUCACUGGACUCACCCAGGCUCAGGAGACUGCUCCACCACUGGCCCUGGAGGAAUGGGGGUCUGGGUCUGGAUGUGGACCUCUGUGUGCAUGAGAAUGUGAAUGUCUCACACACUCACAACACAGUGUACCUCCCCAUGUACACACAGAGGUCAUAUUUUUUACAGGGUCAAGGGAGAGAAGGGGCCUUUUCUAGAUCCUUCCUGACCUAACACUGAGCUGUGUGGGGGUGUGUGAGAGAGAUGGGAGAUUGAAUACCAUAGAAAAGGGGCCCCAUAGAGAUUUUCAAAAGAAUCAGGUGCUCCACACACGCUACCCACAAUGCACCUUUCCUCUGCUCAGCACAUCUGUUUCUAGGGGUUUUAGUGAUUGAACAGCAACCCAUCUAAAUCAGUUCUCUUCUCCACUUGUAUACUGGGAUGAGAUGAAGUCCAUCCUGUCUAACGGAUGGACGGACAGACAGAGAGACAAAAAGAAUGCUGCUUCAGAAGUUUAUAGAAAGACAGUGUAUGUAUGUAUAUAUAUAUAAUACAGUACCAGUCUAAAGUUUCGACACACCUACUCAUUCACACCUACUCAUUUCUUUAUUUUUAC